UUCUAUAAAUUUUAUAUAAAAACUGGUUUUAAUUUAAGUAUUGAUUUAUUUACUUUUGAAACUUCGCUGUUUGUUGUUGAACGAAAUAAGUUGAAAUAACAAAAGAAAAUUGUUCAUAUUAUUAACAAACCAGAUGGCUAAACAGUUGGUUGUUGUAUUUAUCUGUUUUUGGGCCUAUUUCCAGUUGGCCCAAAAUGCAGCUGCUGACAGUGAAGUGGAACAAGUAUUUAAGGACAAUGAAAUAAUACCCGAUGUAUUGCAGGAGGCACCCAAGGAAUUUUUGAAGGUUUCAUAUGACGGUGGCUUGGAGGUUAAUAAAGGCAACGAAUUGACACCAACACAAGUUAAGCAACAACCCAAAGUUGAGUGGGAGGCAAAAUGUGCGGAUUAUUAUACCCUAAUAAUGACCGAUCCUGAUGCACCUAGUCGUGCUAAUCCUAAGGUUAGAGAAUUUCGUCAUUGGUUGGUGGCCAAUAUACCCGGAAAUAAAAUUGAUCAAGGUGAAGUGGUGGCUGCUUAUGUGGGUUCAGGACCACCGAAAGGCACCGGUCUACAUCGUUACAUCUUCCUUUUAUACAAACAACCAGGAAAGAUCGACAUUGAUGAACCGCAUGUUGCCAACAAUUCGCGUCGUAAUAGACCCAAUUUUAAGGCAGCUAAAUUUGCUGAAAAAUAUAAUUUGGGUGCUCCUGUGGCUGGUAAUUUCUAUCAGGCUCAAUAUGAUGAUUAUGUACCCAUCUUACAUGCCCAGUUAUCUGAGGAUAAUUAAAAUGUUAUCAACUUUUUUUUAAUAAAAAUUUAUUCAUAUUUUUUUACGCAAAGUAAAAUAAAACUAAAAUAAAAAAAUUUCA